AUGAAAGGGGCGAAAGGGACCCAGGCGUCCGAGGCGAGGCCACCCACCCUCCACGCGGCUCUCCUGCUUCACCUCCUGCCUCGCCGAACGGAAAGAGAGAGAGGAAGACCCCGACCGGAAGCGGAAGCCGAGCUCCCGCGGGCUACUUCCGGCGCCGCCGCCUCUUCCUCCUCCUUCUGCGCCUCCUCCCUCUCGCUCGCUCUGUCGCUAAGCCACGCCCACCUCCGGCCCGGCGUCACAGACGUCGCCCCGCCCACGGAUCCAAGCGACGCAUGCGCGCACCUCCCUCUCUCUACUGGGACCGCAGAGCUAUGA